ACUCGGCCCGUUUGGUUGUUGUGACUGACAGCCAGCCGGAGUCUGCAGACGUCAGCCCGGGGCAUUCGUCGGAGGUGGUGGAACCCCCUGGCACAGCACGCGGGGCGUCCCGGAAGCCGGGGGGGGGGCCUGUGCCCAGCUUGGGGCGCCGCCGGGCCGCGUCCUCGCUGCUAGGCCCGCCCGCCUCGGGCUGGAGCCCCCGCGGCAGCUGGGCGGGUGGGGGCGGGGCGGGAGCCGCUGGGACGUUGGUCCCCCCUCCCCCCCCAGGCCUCCCCGGGCCCGGGCCGCAUCCCCGGUACGCCGUCCCCUCGGCCGCCCCGCUCCGACUCUUGGAAACAAUGAAAGGCGUUGUGGCGGCUUCUGGCAGUGAGACGGAGGAUGAUGACAGCAUGGACGCCCCCUUGGACCUUUCCUCUUCUGCCGCCGCCUCAGGCAAGAGAAGGCGAAGGGGCAACCUCCCCAAGGAGUCCGUCCAGAUUCUCCGAGACUGGCUGUAUGAACACCGGUAUAACGCCUACCCCUCCGAGCAAGAGAAAGCGUCGCUGUCCCAGCAGACACACCUGUCUACACUACAGGUCUGCAACUGGUUCAUCAACGCCCGCCGGAGGCUCCUCCCUGACAUGCUGAGGAAGGACGGCAAGGAUCCCAAUCAGUUCACCAUUUCCCGUCGCGGGGCCAAGACCUCUGAAGCCGGCUCCGUGGAGUCAGCAGUGGGCAAGAGCUUCAUGCCGCCUCUAGACGAGAGCCCGUUUCACCCCUGCGCAGCCGGACCAAACCCAGCCUUGGGGACACCGCUGUCCCCCAAGCCGCCGUCCCCGGGCUCCGUGUUGGCCCGCCCGUCAGUGAUCUGUCACACCACUGUGACCGCGCUGCAGGAUGGCCCCUACUCUCUCUGCCAGCCCGGCGGUGUGGCUGUGGGCCACAGCGCGGAUGCCCAGCGAGCGGCACCCAGCAGUUUUACAGACACCUGCCUCGGGUACCCAGAGGACACGUGUAGGUCUGGACCGGGCACGAACACGCAGAGCGGCCUCUUCAACACUCCGCCUCCUACUCCGCCCGACCUCAACCAGGAUUUCAGUGGGUUUCAGCUCCUAGUGGACGUGGCCCUCAAACGGGCUGCCGAGAUGGAGCUUCAGGCAAAGCUCACAGCCUGACCCUCUUCCAAGCAAAAUGGGUCGCAAAAAUGUUCUGGUUGCCGGGUCGAGGCACGAGAUGAAUUGUGUGAUUUAUACAUGUAUUUUUUUAUUAAUAUUUGCACAUGGGAUUGCUAAAAUGAAGCCUCCUGUUACUGAGAUGUCUUCAAUGGAAUACAGUCAUUCCAAGAACUAUAAACUCAAAAGCUACUGUAGAAACAAAGGUUUUCUUUUAAAAACGUUUCUUGGUAGAUUAUUCAAAAUGUGAGAUGGUUCCCAAGAUCAUGUGAUUCCCCCUCCCUCCCCUUUUGUUGUUUUUUUUUUUUUUUUCAGACUGUGCAAUACUUAGAGAACCGACAGCAUCUUCUCAUUCCUGUGUGGAACACGAUGCCCACAUAUGUCCAACUGAAUACAUUUUUUCAUUUUUUUUCCAAGCACAUAUGAAUCUAGUUGAUUGCCUUUUUUUUCAUGACAUAAUAAAAUAUUUUCUUUAAAAAAGUACAGUAGCACAGAGUAUUUCAUCGAAGGCAUUUCUGUAACUGUGUAGGAGUAUAGCAUCCAGCACCCAGGAAGUUGGGAAUAAAGUGUAGAGUGAGUUAAGUGGGUGUCACCAGCCCUUUGGAGAAGCACAGAGAAGAGUCGUGUGUGUGAUUAUUUACUCUUUUUAAAAUUUAAUUAUUAUUGGAUGGGCACAGAGAAAUUGCGAGGGGGGGGAGAGAGAGAGGAUAGAGGGAGAGAGACCCCUGCAGCCCUGCUUCACCAUUUGUGAAGAUUCGCCCUGCAGGUGGGGACCAGGGGCUUGAGCCUGGGUCCUUGUGCGCUGUAAUGUGUGCGCUCAACCAGGUGCGCCACCGCCUGGCCCUCGAUUAUUUACUCUUGAUAGACAGAAGAGCAGGACCUUAAAUCUGAGCCCGUAUGGUAAACUGACAGUUUCUUAGUGUUGGGCUAACCAGUUAAGUCCUUGAUGAUUGGGCCUGUGCAUUUUAAGACCUAGAUAGUGCUGUGGGGUCUGGGAGUGUCUGGCCAUGGUUUAACUUUUCAGAAGUGACAACCCAAGCAAUCUUUUCUUAACUAUCUUUGGAAGUAACCUUGGUUUACUGGCAUAGUUAGGUAAGGUCUAUACAUUCAAAUAGAGUGUUGAUUGUAUAAAAAUGACACUAAGUAUCUUAAGUGUUUUCUAAGGUGGUCAAGCAAUGGGAUUCUGUUAAUUUUUUUUUAUUUUAUUUGUUUAUUAGUGAGAAAGAUAGGAGGAGAGAGAAAGAGCCAGGCAUAACUCUGGUCCAUGUGCUGCCGGGGAUUGAACUCGGGACCUCACGUUCGAGAGUUCAAUGCCCUAUCCAUUGUGCCACCUCCCGAACCACUUCUUUCCCUUUUUUAUUAUCUUUUUUUAAAGGGAGAUUUUAAAUAUUUAUUUAUAUUUUUAAUUUUUUAACCAGAGCACUGUUGAGCUCUGGCUUAUGGUCGUGCGGGGGAUUGAACCUGGGACUUUGGAGCCUCAGGCAUGAGAGUCUGUUUGCAUAACCAUUAUGCUAUCUACCCUCCGCCCCUUUUUUAUUUAUUAAAUAGAGACAGCCAGAAAUCAAGAGGGAAGGUAGUAACAGAGAGGAAGAGAGACACCUGCAGCCCUGCUUUACCAGUCGUGAAGCUUUCUCCCUGCAGGCGGGGACCGGGGGGCCGGAGCCUACAUCCUAGCGCAUAGUAACGUGCGCUUAACCAGGUGUGCCACAAUCCGGCCCCAUGUGAAGUUUAUUUCCUAAGGUGUCACAGUUUGGGGGGGGGGACAGUGGUGCUAGGCAGGUGUGGCAUGUUGGGGGAAUUGACGACUUGUAUGAAGCAAGAGCGGUCAGAAGGGCACUGGUGGCGCUCUGUGGUUAUUUCUGUGCUUGAGCAGGUGUGUCACAUGUCAGACACACUCCGCAGUCUCUUUGUGGGCACAGUGCUAGUCUGCCCUGCCCUGCCCUGCCCUGCCUGUCUCUAAAUUACCUAAGUUGGGGGGAACACCGUAGCUUUACUAUUAUUCUUAUUUGAAGAACAUAGAAAAAUUCUUCCAGGUGUGUUUCUUAACUUGGAAAUUUCGUUUUGAAAGUCUGUUGUAGAAAGAACUAAAUUAAAACUUUGUCAGUGAAAGAGAAAUCGGAAGAGCAGAAGGACCCAGGGUCGGGCCUCACGCGCGGUGUCUGUCUGUCUCUCUCCCUCUGUCUCCCCUCACCCCUCUCAAUUUCUGGCUGUCUCUAUCCAAUAAAUAAAAGUAAUUCAAAAAAACAUUUUAAAAAAAGUUGGUAAAACAACCAAAAAAAAAAAAAAAAAGGAGGCGGCACGGUGCCCUAUGAUGCCCUGGUCUGGGUGUGGGGCCUGGAGCGGCCUCUCGGAUGGGGACUUUGUUAAGGUCACAGAUAGAUGCCGUCAAAAGGGAACACAACAAGUAUAUAGACGGCAAAAUAAGCACCUACAAUAAAAAUGAAAAUAAAGAUUACCUGCUCAGGCAGUUAGAAUCACCCUAGACUGGAAAUAAAAGGAAUUUUAAGUAA